AUGGACGCAGACUCAGAGGUUGAAUUUGAAAGUUUCUUCCAAAGCAGCAGUAACAACAGGGAAUCCGAGGAUUCUUCAAGCGGAUUUGGUUCGAUCCAGAUGAGUUGUGACGAAAUGGCUUUUUUCAGCUCCGAUAAUGCUCUCCACGAGGACAAUAGAGCGAAAGAAGAAGAGUCUUGCGAGUCCGUAGAUCAAGGGAAUCAAACAUUCUAUGACUUCAACUCUGAUUCAUCAAGAAUCCGAGAGAAUCCCGAGGAAGAAGGAUGUGGGGAUGUGAAUAUAGCCUUUCCUCAAGGCUCCAAUGUAUUGGAUAGCUAUGAAAAUCAGAUAACAAACUCUCCUCGAAAGCAUUUGUCCUUUGAUUUAGAUCAGUUGCAUGUAAGACAUAUGGAUUCAGGAAAUGCAGGUUCAGACACAAUAUUUUCCGGAUUUACUACAGGGUCUAGAAAGAAGAUUCAAGUUAGAAAGGAAAGCAUGGACUCGGCAUAUAGGACAUUUGAUGGGGCAGCAAAAAAGGUGGAUAUGCAAACUUUGUCAAGGUUUUAUGAUAUAUCUAAAGACGAAAGCGAAUAUAUGGGGCCUGAGAGAGUCUACGAAGAGAUAAAAAGAAGACUUGUGAAAGAAGAUGCAAACCGAGUAUUUGCACAGUUUACUUGGUCCUGGAUCUAUUUCUUUUUUGGAAGAAAGAAGAUGGAAUUCGAUGAUCUUGUAGAUAGAAUAGAAGAGCAAGUCAAAGUAAGGUUAGAGAACGAGUACUCCAUACUUCGGAGAAUUGUUGAGGGGGAUGAGGUACCAUGGAGAUACAUGAUUCUCUUGGUCAUUGGAAUAGACAAAGAGAGGAUUGAGGUAUUUGAUGGAUAUUACAGUCUUUAUGCAUUAUAUGAUGAGCCUCUUCGAAGAAAGAUAGAAAAAAAAGAGAUACGUGUUGGACUCAAGCUCAAGAUUUUUGGAGCAGAACUUGGGGGAGGUGAGUUCAUGUCUAUUUUUGAUCCUGAAAGUGCCUUUCUAAGACUUCAUCAUAAUGGAGUCCAAGUUGUUCAUUCCAGAAGAAGGCUUGGCUAUAGAAAAAGAGUAGGGUUUAAGAUAAGAAUAUCUGACAUUCGCAAUGAUGGAGGGCCUGUUAGUUGCAUUGAGGGGAGGAUUGCCAAGAUUAUCGAGACGAAAUAUCUUGUGAAGGUAGAGAACUACAGUUGUACAACCGAGAAUCUUGAGCCUGAGCUCGAUAAGAUAGAAGAGCUUGCAAAAAAGGCCCAAAGGAUAUUUUCAUCCCAUGAUAUAAGGAUCAGCAUGUAUACUAGGCUCCUUGUCAGAGAUAGCAGUGGAGAAUGCAUGGUGACAUGGUGGAACCCCUCAUCAGAUGCCAAGGUGGGCCAAAUGGUAAGGAUGGUUUAUUUGAAUCCUUCAAGGGCCAAGGAACUUCAUCUUAAUACCAGCAGAAGAGGAUAUGUUAAACUCCUUAUAUAG